CCCACAAAGUGAAGCAGCUGAAACAGCAACAACUGUCGUUAUAUCUGCUGGCGACUGGGCCAGAAUUGCACUCUCUGACGUAUCAGACAGAAUCGUGACUUCAUCACUUAUGAUAGUUGGUUGUUAGGUUAUCCACACUUGAUGGUCGACUGUGGUUCACGAUGGAGUAACUGUAGAUGCAAACGGUAUGACCUCAACAGUGACAGCAACUUAAUCGCCACCAUGAUCAUCAUGAUCCUCGUAAUCAUUGGCAGUCAUGAUGCCAUCUCUGGUGCAUCCAGUCUUCUCAGGAUGGUUAUUAUUCAGUGGCGUUGGGCAAUUCCGAAAUCAUCCACUGCUGAUGUUCUAGAAAACCCCUGGAAUUCUGCCAUCGAAGCUUCCACCCCAGCUUUUCUCUUCAUCUCGUCUAGCAGAACAUGUUCAAACUCAGUGGAAAUUAAAAAUGUCCAUCUAAAUAAUAAAUCCAAGGAAUCACAGAAAUGAAUUUAAUAUAUUAUUGAUCCCGGCUUGGAACUAUUGAAGUAGUCUGUCAGU